AUUUCAUAGUUUUGAGUCGCGUCGCAUCGCAAUAUGCAUACCACUUUGUCUCAAAAGACAAGUAUUAAUUUUACUAUACGACUUUAAAAUCAUGAAUCUACUUGUACUGUGCGGUAAUGUCAACUUUAUCAACGAUUGAUUUUGUAAAUGAUCCCUUUCUCAAGAAAAUUGACGGAUCGUAAUGACAGCGCGCGGCCGCAGCAGUCGAAAAUCUCUGAGAACCACCGAAAAUGGCUCUGCUACAUCAUAGCAUUGUCAGCCGGCCCACUUUGGAAUCCAGUCAAAAGUGUCACAGUCAAAAACCCACCUAGCAACCCCUCCACAGUCCAAGCUCAGGCCAAAUUCUUCCAGGAUUUUUUCUCAGUACAGUUGAGUCCGUACAACAUAGAAUUUGGGCACGUUUGCGAGGAUCCUCACAAUUGGGAGCAGCGAUAUGAGAAGAAAGACUUUAAGAACCACAGGGAUAUGGGAAAAGUGCGAUGGGGAGACAAAAAAGGUGGUUAUGGUGAACAUUAUUGGGACUUAAACCACGCUGGCAACUCUGGAAAUCACGGCGAUGAUGGAUACAAUAGCGAUUCCGAUGACGGUUCAUACCAUCCCAGAGAAAGCCCUAAUGACCACUAUGACGAUGGACCCAGCGAUCAUUCUUCAUAUAGCAACGAUGAUUAUGAUCCAGAAAAAUCCAGUUACGAAGAAAAUGGACGAGCUAAACGCGCUCACCCUCGAGCUCGACUCGAGAGGAAAUCUCAGAAAGAGAAAGAAAACGAAGAAUCAGACCAAAGACGUAAUUUAAGGAAACAAAAUGGUAAGAAAGCUGAACAGUUAGAAGCGGCCCCGUCACAUAAAGUUGAAGAUUAUUCAGAUGAGGAAGAACCAGAGAUUUACAAAAAGGUUCCAAAGAAGCGUCAGCAAUAUAGGCAGAAAGAGGAUUAUCAACCGCAAGAGGAUAAAAAUCAAGUCGUUUUAGUAGUGAAAGAGAAAGAUGAUGUUUCUGAACCAAAGCAAUAUGCGGAACCGCAGCCUGAGGUAAAUCAUUACGUGAACUAUGAGGGUGGUGCGGGAGUGAGACAGCAUCAACAGCCCGAGGCCUCUGCAUCUGCUCCGAGAUUGUUUUUGGAGCAUUCGACGGGACGAGUUGUGGAUAGAUCAACGGGACAAGCGUAUAUCUUACAGCCGAUCCUAAACUAUUAAAUUAGAAUAGUUAUUAUUGAUAGUUGUUAUUUAUUUUAAUUAAAGGACUGUUAUUAUUAUACAUACUA